GGGGCGAGGGCGCGAUGAGGGGGGGGGAGGGGCAGCGCUCCGUGGGGAGGCGGCGGCUCUCGCAACUGGAGGGCCCGCGGGGGCCCUUUCCUCCGCGGCUCGCCACGGGAACGGCCACGUGCCCGCCGCGGGCAGAGACAGGCGCGCGCGAGGGUCGGCGGCGGGCGCCCACGGAUGGGCGGCAGAGCCGGCCCGGCGAGCCAGUCCUCAAAACGCCAGCGGGGGCGGGGGCAGAGGACGCUGCCAUGUCGCUCGCAGUGCAUCAGGCUCGGGCGUGUGCGCGCCUGCAGGAGUACAUCGGAUGCCAAGCACCCUCACGUUCGAGCCCUUCGGCUCGAGAUCGUGUCAAGAGACUCGCAGACGUGAGGCGAGGCACCUCACUAGAACAUCAGCGAGAGAGAGAGGGAGAGAGAGCGAAGAGGAGGAGGAGGAGGAGGAGGAGGAGGAGGAGCGGUGACGCGAUGCGCACGCACGGAGACGGCACGCCGUGGGCCGCUCAGUGCAGCAGCGGCUCGCGCCCCGCGGGGGAGCGCGCCGCCCUCCGCGCAGAGAGCGCGCAGGCCGCCGCCGCCCCCAGGAGCAGCGGCAGCAGCCCCAGCCCGCCGGCGCCGAGGGACCUCCGCGGGGGCCAGGGAGCCCCUCGAGCCGUGAAGAAACCACGGCGGGGCGGCUUUUCGCCGUCGUCAGCCUCUGGGGGCCCUCACCGGGCCUCGGGGCCGUCCACAGCACGGCUCAGGAGGAGCAGCGGGUCCCCG